AUGGAAUUAUUGGAUUUUAUGAUGGAAUGUGCUAAAAUUGAAAGAACCAUUGAAAUAAGUAGGCAAUUUUUAACAAAAAUCCCUUCCUUUCAUCCUUAUUAGGCUUUUAAAUAAAUUGACCUACAUGAUGAUGGUUAUAUUACAGCUUAGACAAUACAGGUUUUUCUACAUAGAUUUGGAUAAUUGCACACUCUUAAGGAAUGUGGCAUAUUAUUUUACAAACCAGAAUUUAAAUAUGUAGACUUCCUCAGAUUUCUACUUCCAACAAAUCAACUGUUAAGAGAUUAUAUUUCGCAUUCAGAUUAAAAAACCUAAUAAUCAAACGAAUGCUUAAAGGAAAUAGCCAAACAUAUUAGCUUAGAAAUUGUCCUAAUGAAUAAUUUACUGCCACCCAAAUCAUUGGAUAAAUUAGCCAAUGGAACUAGAGAGGAUAUUGAAUGCUUAUUUAAAAAGGAAAGAUUGUUUGUUUACUAAGAUGAGAUUGAUGCCAUAAUAAAGAGAUUAGACUUUUAUGGAGAUGGCUAAAUUGAUUUAUUAUUGUUAAAAAAUUGGGUACUUAUCCUAAAUUAAUAAAUUAAAUCGAAAAAUUAGAAGGAAUCAUCUUCCACAUUUGCAACUCCUAAAAAGAAAGUGUAGAUACAAAAUGCUAUUAAAACAACAGAGAGGAAGGGAUCUACAAAGAAUACACCAAAGGUUAUGAAUGUAUCUCCUAAAAAGGGGAAUUUAAUGGAAAAAUAAAAAUCAACUAAAAAAGUAGCGAAUUAUGAAACCUAGAAACAAGAAAUUAGAGGGAAAAUAGCCUAAAAGAAAUAAGAAGGAGAAACCGAGAAGAAAAUGAUUAAAGAAGUAUAAACAAAUAAAAAGAAUGUCAACAAUUUAUCAAAAAUAAAACCAAAAUCACCAUAUGAAAUUAUAGAAUAUUUGUUAGACAAAGAAAUCAAAAUAGAAAAGGUUAAACAAUAACUAGCUUUGUAAAAGGAAUUUAAUACAUUGGAUGCAUUUCAUGCUUUGGAUGUUUAUGGCAAAGGAUCCAUAGGAGUAGAGGAAAUAGAUACUCUACUUAAUUAGAAAUCUGGAUAGAGUGUGCAUAUAUUUAGUAGAUUCAACAGUAACUAAUUAAGUUAUCAUGACUUUUUAUAUCUUCUUUAGCCCUACUCUGUUAAUUUUGCAGAAAUACUCAAUACGAGAUAACCAAGCAUUGGUGGCAAUCAGAAGAAGAUCAGUUAGCUAUUUAGCAAUUAAACAAUAAAAUUAUUGAUUGAACUACUAACUUUAUUGUAAUAAAUUCCAGUGAAAUUAAAUGCUGACAUUUAGUUAUUCACAAAAAUUGACAGUAUCACAAGAGAUAAUUUUAUUGGAGUAUCAGAUUUACAAUAAUAUCUUUAUGAAAGUGGGCUUAGAUACACUCAUCAUGAGGCAAUGCUUCUUAUAAAUGCAUAUGAUAAAGACAAAGAUGGAAGACUAUCCUUACAAGAAUUCUUAGACAUGUGA